AUGUCUGGAGAGGAGGGCUCCGAGGCUCCGCUGGCCCCGGCCUUCGGCGCAGGAGCCAUGCCCGGCGGAGCCUGGACGCCGGCCCUGGCGCUGACGCCGCUGGCACCCGGGGCCCGUGGGCGAGGUAGGCGCGCGGGGCCGCUUUCGGGCUUCGUGCGGUUGUCGCCGCCGGACCUUCCCGUUGUCGCUGCCGCCGCGGGCGCUGGACAGCCCGCUCAUGAGUGCUCUCGGGGACAUGGGAUUCUUCGGAGUCCUUAUAGAAGUGUCUAUUUUGAUUCUUUACACCUUCAGCAGUAGGCUGUUCAAGACCUGAUCUGUGACCACUCCCUCUCCCCCAGAUGAUAUUGGUUUCUCCUCUUUGACAGACCUGCUGAAAUGCCAACCAUGUGUGUUGAGGUAUGUCCAUGUCCCAGGGCUAACAAGAUGAACCACUGUGGAACACAGGCCCCCAUCUGGCUGUCCCUAGAUUCAGAAACACUGCCUUCUCCUGGGGAGAUGAAGCACCUGACCGCUUGUGCCACAUGGCGGUUUCUGUUCAGUGCGACCAAAGACUGCUGUCUUUUUCAAAUCCCUGUGUCUGUAAGAAACUGUGGGAAAUUUUUUGUGUACUUACUACAGCCCACUCAGGGAUGCAUGGGCUAUUGUGCGGAACUGAUUCCUGAGGCAAAAUUACACCCAUCUGGCCCUGGGGAAAUUGAAAUUGGAGGUGCCUGUGUUGCUCAAAUAAACUCCUGCUUUUUCUCCCGUCAGCUGCAGCCCUCAUUGCCACUUCCGCCUCCAGGAAGGCUGAAGGUUGUGGUGGAAUUGAUUGAGUCCAGGCUUUUCUGUAGGUGUGCUUUUGAUGUUUCUCCCACGAACAGCUCAGUGGGAUUUCUUGUAGCUUGGACCAGGCUGUCUUCUUGGGAAAUCAAGGAGGAGCUGAAACGGGAAGCCACAGUUCAGGCAUUCUCUCUCUUAGAACUUGAUGGCAUAAAUCUCAGACUUGGAGAUAGGAUAUUCUGUAGUGCUUCUGUCUUUUUCUUGGAGAAACCACAUAUGCAAAGUUUAGUCAGUGAAAGCAAAGAAUUUUUUGUAGGCAUCAAGUUGCAACCUGAAUUGAGCACUAUAUAAGAAGAUGGGAGAGAAUACCAGUUAGAGAGCACAAUUCCAGUCAUUUGUUCUGGACUCAGUGGACUUGAUCAAGAUUGCAAAAUUUCAUUAAAACUAAAAACCGUUGAUCAAGGUAAAGUGUACCUUGGCUUCAAUUUGGCCCUGUCUUCUUGCCACGUGGACCUUCUCCAGAAUGCUUCCUGUUCUAAUGGCACCGGUAGCCGCUUUGUGUCCUGCACUGCUCUAACAGAUUUUUCUGGAGAUGGAGAUAGAGUCACAAACAUAGUAGUGCAGCCAGCAGCUCAUGAGGACUUCCUGCGGAAUGGCUACAUUCCUGACAAAAAUAUCUGUACAAUCAGAGUAAAGAAUGUCCCAACUGCUUACUGCUGUUCAUUUACUGACCCACAUAUAAUUAGAUUUGAUGGCAGGUUAUAUGAUAAUUUCAAUACCGGAACAUUUGUGCUUUAUAAGAGUAUGUCACAUGAUUUUGAAGUCCACAUACGUCAGUGGGACUGUGGAAGCUUGCACUAUCCUGUGUCAUGUAACUGCGGGUUUGUUGCCAAGGAAGACGGUGAUGUGGUUACCUUGGAUAUGUGCAGUGGUCACCUGUACAAAUCACUGUAUUUGUUUGUAAAGAGCCAAGAUGGAGCCAGCAAUAUCAAGAUAACUGAUUCUUACUUAGGAACUAAAGUCACAGUCUGGUUUUCUUCAGGAGCAUUUAUCCAUGCUGAUCUUAGUGAAUGGGGCAUGAACAUAACAGAGCGCCCAGGUACUUUUGAUGAAAAUCCAGAAAAUGAUUUCCAUGACAAAAAUGGAAUCAAAAUUGAUCAAAAUUUUAAUAAUUGUGUGGCAUUUAUUAAGGAAUGGAGGAUUUUACCAGGACACAGUGCCACGCCAAUGUCUGCAGCAUCACCUGGAAAGCUAUCCUGUUGUAGCUGCUCAUUGGACACUGCUUCGUUUUAUUCAUCUUCUAAUCAUCUGGACGGUGCUUUUCAAUUAGAACGUGCUUCAGGUUGCAAAGACCUGCGACGUGUCCGAGUCCCUUUGAUACCAGAACUCGAUGUCACCUUAGAGUAUGUUAAUUUGGAAGCUCAGGUUAGAGGGAUCCUCAAGCAUGCAUCUCAAGAAGAAAAUAAUAAUUUCUUUCCACGAGAUCAAAAAGAUAUAAACCUAACCAAUCUAAACUCACAUUCACAAAAAUAUCCAGGAAACGAAAAAGAUGUUCAAAAAACUUUAGACGGUGAGAGACACAGCCAAGAAAUGAAGUGGAAUCAACAAAACAGAUGGAAAGGGCGCAGCUUGUAUGGGUUUCUUCCUUUGUUUGCUUUCCAAAGCCUCACAACUGACCUGGAAGAGUUUGCUUAUUUCUUCCCAGAGGACCAUGCAGAGGAUGUCCAGCAGGAGUUCGCCCCCUCGUGGCCCACACCUUCUGGCCUCACUGCACACAGCACCUUGGCGCUCUGCCAGCAGACGCUGGCCCACUCCAGCAUAGGCAGGCUCUGCCCCUUUCUCUGUGAGAGUCUAGGCACCGUUGUAGGUAUGUGCAUUAAGGAUAUUUGGCUAAAAGAUGAUCUUAGCUGGGUGGAAGCAAUUGUGGCUCUUCUAGAAAAUGAAUGUGAAAAGAAGAUUUUGGAAGAGGGGAGGUAUGACACUGCUGAAUACCUCAAGUCAGUUGAAGACAUUCUCUCGGUAUUGCAAUGCCCCAACUUCUGCAGUGGCGAUGGGCGGUGUGUGGAGUGGGGAUGUGUGUGCUUCCCAGGCUUUCAUUCCUCUGACUGCAGCAAUUCAUAUGACAAGGCUGCUGAAAUUACAGAGCUUGAGCAUGCUGGAUUCUGUGAUGUUCGAAAAUAUAAUUGUAUGAUGGUGGGAGUUUUUGGUCGAGGAUUCAAAGAAUCACCUUCAAUUAAAUGUGAAGUUACUGAACUUCAGUAUAAUAGCAGUAAAUGGGCUGGAGACCCCGUCUAUACACAGGUGGUUUUCAAAAGUAGCGGAACUGUGGAUUGUCAGCUGCCUACUGGUGUCCAGCUGUCUGAUGCUGUGUAUCUGAUGGGUGAGAAACCAAUUGCAAAGUGGCAAUUAAAGGUAUCUAAUGAUGGUCAUAAAUUCAGUAAUUACAAAACAGUAAUCGUGUACGAUGGCGUUUGUCAAGUCUGUGGUUUCCAUGAACAUGACUCACGUAUGAUAAAGGAAAACGUUUGCAUUAUUGGUGGAGUCUGCUACACUGACUGGGAUAAGAAUCCUUCCAGCUCUUAUAUGUUUUGUAGAUCUGAAAUUUCAAAAAUUUCCUGGUCAUUUUUAGAACACAACCAACCCCCAGUGAUAAACACACAAGACAAAUUACAGACUUUUCAUGGCGAAAACUUUGUGUACCGGUUCCUGGCCUUUGAUCCAGAAUGUUCUGACGUCCAUUUUACCCUGGAUUCUGGCCCUGAAGGAGCCACGGUUUAUGGUGCAAGGCAGCUGACGUGGAGAGCAGAGUCAGAGACCACGCGCUGUUCUCUCGCGCUCCAUGAUGACUACAGCGCCGAAACCAGACUUGCUAUUGAGGUGACUGUGAAGUCUUGUGAUUGUUCGAAUGGGGGGUCAUGUGUGUCUGAUAUGAAAGUUCCUGCCGGGAGUGUCUUCUCUGUGUGUGUCUGCCCGGCUGGCUUCCAGGGCAGUCUCUGUGACGUGGAUGUCAGUGGGUGCCGAUUGAACUGUUGCGGCCUUGGAAAAUGUGCUGAGGGUUUUCACAAUUUUUCCUGUGACUGUCUACCUGAGUUCAAAGUUGAAACAGAGUUUUUAAAUGAAUUUACUGUGCAAACUGUAGUUCUCACAAGGUCUGACAAGAGUAUAAUAAAGGAAGAAGAUGACAAAAAUGUCAAAGAGUGAGGAAGCCAGUUUAUGCUGACAAACAGAAAUGCCUCCACCAUUUGUAGACACCCAUAUGGAAAAAACAGGGAGUGUGUUGCCCCAAAUGUAUGCAAAUGUAGGCCUGGGUACACUGGGUCUAACUGCCAGACCGCUGUGUGUCACCCUGACUGCAAGAACCAUGGAAAAUGUAUCAAGCCUGACCUCUGUCAGUGUCCUCCAGGACACAGUGGCCCAACCUGAGACAAAGAACAUUGUCACCCACCUUGUCAACACGGCAGCACGUGCCUGGCCAGCAAUCUCUGCACCUGUGCUUAUGGUUUUGUUGGACCAAGGUGUGAAACAAUGAUCUGUAACAGGCACUGUGAAAAUGGAGGUGAAUGUCUUACACCAGAUGUUUGCCAGUGCAAGCCUGGCUGGAAUGGACCAAUCUGUAGUACAGCUUUGUGUGACAAUUGUCUCAACGGAGGUUCCUGUAAUAAGCCAAACACUUGCCUUUGUCCAAAUGGAUUCUUCGGUGUACGAUGUCAGAAUGCUCUCUGUCACCCUUCCUGUAAGAAUGGUGGUCACUGUGUGAGAAAUAAUGUGUGCGUCUGUCGGGAAGGCUACACUGGCAGGAGAUGCCAAAAAAGCAUCUGUGAUCCUAUGUGUGUGAACGGAGGAAAGUGUGUGCAACCAAACAUCUGCUCUUAUGCUUCUGGCUGGAGUGGGAAGCAAUGCAACACAUCUGUCUGCUUUCAGAAAUGUAAAAAUGGUGGUGAAUGCAUUGCUCCUGGCAUCUGCCACUGUCCUGCUUGGGAAGGAGUGCAGUGUCAAAUACCAAUUUGCAAUCAAAAGUGUCUUCAUGGAGGCAGAUGUGUAUUUCCUAAUGGGUGUUCUUGUCGUGUUGGAUAUACAGGUAUGUUAAGUUUUAAAAAGAAAAUAAAUAUUAGAUGUUGAUAUUUGCAUAAUAUCUUCCACUUAGUAACUGAUCUCCUGCUAAUGUUUUAUUUCCAAAAUAAAAAAGACAUAUAAGGAUUUAAUAUUUGCCUCUUACACUACAAUAUCAUUCUAGUGUUGUUAGCUAUCUCUCAUGUAAAAUUGUAAUGUGUACUUAAGGGAUUUGAAUAGAAUAUAGAUCCAACUGCUGUUAUUUCCAAAAUAACUUAAUAACUUACUUUCAGCAGGUAUCCCCCAGAUGGACCUAAGACACCAUUGCUUUAUAUUUUGGUCAAAUACUAUACCAGAACACCACCCUCCCCCGUCUCAGAACAUCUUCCACUUUUAGAUGAAUGAAUCAUUGCUUCAUUGACUUGAGAGUGGCCCUAAACAUUUUCAAUGGGUCAUGUACCAUUAAGGUCUUGUCUAUUACCAUUCUUUCCCCUGAUAAAAAUGCUUUCUCUUCUCUUGCUCCCUAGUAAAAUCCAUCCCCAGAAAAGCAAUAAAAGCUCUUCACAUCAUUAGAAUUAGGAUGUAUUUGUAUUUCAGAAACAAAGAACCAACAGAAGAAUAGAGGGCUCCUUGGGAUUCCUAAUAUGGCCUCACAUUUUCUUGGAAGGCCAGUGCUACAGAACAUCUGGUUUAAAACUGAUUAUA